AUCUAAUAAACACAUUAUUUCUUCUCUUCCGGGUGUUUAUAAUGAACACACGCUAUCAGCCCAGAGGAGCUGAAGACCCGGGCAGAGUUAAAUGCAUGUUCGCCACUUUAUUUAGGCACUGGAGCCCACCGCGGCCUAGCUGUGGGCUGUAAGCCUCGGGCUUUCCUGGGUCACUGUGCCCGGAGAGCGGAGGGGAAGCUCAGGGAGACGCGCUCGGGUGCUGGGAAUGUUGGGAAGCUAAGGAGUCAAAGUGAACGGAGAGGGGGUCAGUGUCCUGCCUUAUGUUGUCAGUGACAUACUGUGACAGAUAACCGUGUUGACAGCGGAGGAGCCAUGGCUUUUGAGGAGAUCAAGAAUAAAGGAGGGAUGGAAAUGGGGAUGGAUGGAGAGAGGGGCCUUGUUGCUGGUCGUAGCCAGAGAGAGAAGAGGAGGUCGUACAAGGAUCUGCUGAGGGAGGAAGAGGAGAUCGCUGCUCAGGUCCGAAAAUCUUCCAAGAAGAGGCCCAAGGAUUCAGAGCUGUUCAUGCUUGGAUCUGACUCGCACAAAAAGAAGAAGAAACAUAGUGAUGACUACUAUUACCGAGACCACGAUGGUUCAGGUCCACCUCCCCACAAGAAGAGGCACAAAUCCGCAGACCGCUCCCCUACUCUCUCAUCGCCCUCAUCCUCCCACCCAACAGACACAGCGAUGGGCCUCCUGCAGGCCAUCACCUCGCCACUGGCCACGGGUUCUGACCCCAGCCCCCACUUGCACAAGAAACCCUCCUACCCGCCCUUCUCCUCACACUCCUCCAAGGACCGCAAACGCGAGAGCAGCAGCGGCAGCGGAAGUAAAGGGAGCCACUCCUUCUCCCACUCCCGCCCCGUGUCAUCAUCGUCAUCUUCCUCCAAGAAGCACUCCUCCUCGUCCUCAAAGUCGUCUCUGUUCCACGGUGGAGCUCCCAAAGAGGAACCCCUGACGUUACGUGAGGCCGACGGGCUGAAGAUGAAGCUCAUCAUGUCGCCAGAGAAAGAGGAAGGAGAAAGCUUCCCGUUCACGCCACAUUCAUCCAAAUCAGGCGGAAAGAAAGAGAAGGACAGAGACAGGAUGCAGCUCUCAAAGUCGCCCAAGAAGAAGAUACAGCAGAGUCGAGAUCCGCUGCCUGUAGUGGGGAAAGAGGUGGAGGUGGAAGGUCACUAUGGAGGUGGUAUGGGAGACGAUAGCUCUUCAUCUGGAGGUGAACUGGAGGCUGGUGAACUGGUUAUAGAUGAUUCAUACACGCACCUGUCCAAAAAGAAGAAGAAGAGCAAAAAAAGCAAGAAGAAGAAGGACAAAGAAAAAGACAGAGACAAGGAGAAGAGUGGGAAGGACAAGAAGCACAGUAAAGGAUUCGGAGACUCAUCGAGGGACCACAGUCACUCCCAUCCCACCGUCACUCACAGCGCCGUCGGUCCAAUGUAUGCCAUGGGCACUCCCGUCCCUCCGCACCACCAUCAAGGCAACGAUGGAGUGGCGGAGAAGAAGAAGAAGAAAGAAGACAAAGAUCGGGGAAAGCACAAGAAGGAUAAAGAUAAGCCCAAGAAGAAGUCGAUCACAACAGCCUAUCAGGUGUUUUGUAAGGAGUACAGGGUCAACAUUAAUGCAGAACAGCCGGGACUAGUCUUUGGUGAGCUAAGUAAAAAGUUAGCGGAGGUGUGGAAGGGGAUGCCUGAGAAAGACAAACUGGUUUGGAGGCAGAAGGCUCAGUAUCUGCAGCACAAACUGAACAAAGCUGAAGCCACCACAGUCAAACACAAGAGCGCCACCGAGGGCAAAAGCAAAGUUGUAGGAACGGCAACAGGGAUGGUGUCACCGAACAGAGCGCCUGGCACUUUGUCUCUGUCCCCUGCACGAGUCCCAGAUGUUGAUCCCAUCGAUGCAGCAGCUCACCUGCAGCUGCUCGGAGAGUCCCUGUCCCUGAUUGGACACCGGCUACAGGAAACAGAGGGGAUGGUUGCCGUGUCCGGGAGUCUGUCUGUACUUCUGGACUCCAUCUUGUGUGCGCUGGGCCCGCUGACGUGUCUCACAGCACAGAUACCACAGUUAAACGGAUGUCCUCGAAACGUCCUGUCGAAUACGUUGGACAACAUCGCCUACAUCAUGCCUGGGCUGUGAGCACAGGCUGGUAGUCAAAGUGGAGUUGACCGACACAUUUGACUGGAGCGAACAUUUACAGGAGUGACCCUUGGACUUUAAUUUAAGCCACUCGCCUGGCAUCUGAAAACUUGGAUAUUUCUAGUGUCAACAUGUUUUUAAAGUGUAUUUUUUUAAAAACCUUGUUCUCUUAAUUUUCUAAUUGUUAUAUUUUUAAAUGAAACAUUUUACUGAACACGUUCUCGGCAUGUCAGCUUAGUUUUGCUGUUGUACAGUGUGCUGUUGUACGAACGAGUGUGUGCUUGUGUCUGCUGUACGGAGUGUGAGGGUUUCCACUGGUGCCGGUCCACGUCUCCUGGAAGAUUUUAAUAUCCCAGACACAUAGGAGAAACUCCAGUCAGAUAAUAUCCACGUUAAUUAAGCUUAAAAUCAAUAGUUCUGUUACGUCAUGUAAACAAACCUUGUACCUAUCAGCUGUGCGCUCCAGAUCAACUGGAGACGUGACCACUUAAAGAUGGGUGAGCACUGUCUUCACACGUUUGGUCUUUUAAACAGAAAACCAGGGUUGGGUACUGUUCACAUUCAAAAACGAUACUGGUCCAGAUACCUGGAAUUUGUUACAUUACGUUUUUUGGUACUUUGUAAUAACAAGAAUAUAAUUUAUGAACAAGCUACAGGGGUGACGUCGUUUAUUAAAAUGCAGUCCUGCUCCUCGGCUCUGUUCCAGUCACACAUUAAGCUAAUCUGCUGUCUCUGCCUGCUUGUGUUAGUGUCUGCUCGACCAGACCACUGAGUUCGGUGGCUGGCACCCAUCUUCAAUGUGCUUUAUCGCUCUCUAGGCCAAAACACACCUGCUGUAAACGGUGCGCGUCAAAAAAUCCAGCCUCACCGACCCCAGAAUUAAAUGCAGUGUUCCCCCCACUCACUCUCUGCUUGAAAAAAAGUCCAACUGUAACGACACCGCUGUAGCACUCGAGGCUUUUCAGGACAUUCCAAUAGAAAACAGUUCAGUCAGACUGACGCUCAAUCAUGUUGCGUUCAGUAAGGACAGGGAGCAAAUAAUUUUCACCGGACAUUAUGAUCAAUAUGUCGGACUUCAACAGAUCUUCCAGGUCAAAAAACUGUCAGUACUGUAUAACGAGACCCAGAUGAGUGUAUGUGUGCAUUUGUUUAGCUGUUAAAAGGAAACCCUGUUGUCUCAUGUGUUUCUGUCUAAUGUUGUGUUCGCACCGGGCGCAAAUAAAACAUUUCGCGAUUUAAUUACAUGUAAACUCAACGUAAAGAUGCGGUUAGACUCGAAGCCCUGCCAGGCAGCACGCUGGACGCAGAAGUUCGCAAAAUAAGUGGCGCGAAUGAAGCGAGUAGCGUUUUCGUGCCACAUGUUUAUUUGUGAGAGUUGAUAAAUCUGAAUUUCAGUGAACAAUUCGAGCCGUGAUAGCCAAUCAGCAUUGAGAUCCUGCGGGGAUGUAUGACACCGAUGACGUACCUGCAGAAGUUCAUGUGUCAACUUAGCAAUUUCAUGCACGUAUGAGGCGAGUCAGCAAGUAUUUUUGUAGCGUUCAGGUAAUGCGGCGUGAAAAAUUUGCAUCGCUGUUGGCGUGAACACAACAUGUAAAACAAUUCAUGUGAGUCAGUUACAUGUAAAGUCAAUGUGAAGACACGAGUAGACAUGAAUUCCCACCAGGCGGCAUGACGAGACGCAAAUGACGCCAAAUACGGGAAUUAAACAGUGUGAAUGAUGCGAGUAGCAUGAUUUCGCUUUAUACGCUUAUUCGAGAGUUGAAAAAUCUGAACCUCGACGUAUGAUGGCAAGGGCGUACCGGCAGAAGUUCAUUUGUCGAUUUAGCGAUUUCACGUGCGUAUGACAUGAGUUAUUCACGCAAAAUAUUCUAGCGUUCAAACUGGCACAAGUAACGCGCCGUUAAAAUUUGCAUCGGGAUUGGUGUGAACACAACAGUGACUAAAGGGAACAACGAUUGUUGAAAUUGGUUCAAUAUUGAGUGAGACAGCUGCAGCCAUGAAACAGGCUGCAAUGUAAGUACUCUGCGCAGUAUCGCAUCGUCAGGUUACGUCCACUAGAAGUGUUUGUUCUUGUGUCUGACCGACUCAAAUUUAAGUGUCCAACAAAGAAGAAAAAAAAGUUCUUCUUGACUUUUGCUCGAUGUGGUCUGUUUGUUAUUGUGUCUAAACAAGUCUCGCUUCAGGAGGAGUCUCGUUCUGAAGUCUUUACAGUUGAGUUGUUGCAGGAAGACGAUAAACAGACCAGAUCAAAAAUGAUUUUUUGUCACUGUAGGGAUCCUUUCCGUAAUGUCCGACACUUACUAUAACAAUCUGAUCCUGUCAGUGGCAAAACAAACCUUAGUUUACGUACAUUGACGGUGCACAUUGCAGCCUGUUUCAUGGCUGCAGCGCUAUGUCUUAAUACCGAACCAGUUAAAAACCUGUUGUUCCUGUUUGUCACAAAACAUGUUAAAAUAUGUCCAGGUUGAAAACACCAGUUUCCAGUGUGACUGUUGCGUGUUCUGUACGUGUCUACAUGUUGACUUUUUUACUGAACUGUACAGGAAGUCAUUUGGUCGUCAUCAUCAUGACGACGUAAUAUUUAUGACAGCAGCUGCUUAGUUUUUAUUUCACCAUGUUAACAAGUGCUGUCACGCCUCGCUGUUUUAUACAUUUGAUAUCUUACUGUGCACAUUUAGGUUCACGCUGCUCUGUAGGAAAGUGAUAGAAAACAACCUUUAGGUGCAACUUUGUUUUAAUCAGGAGCUGAAACAAAUCACUGUCACACAUUUAACAACAUGGCAACAUUAAAACUGUUCCCAAACUCAGCUUAUGCUUUUUUGU